UAAUCUAGUGGACGGGACGGGACAUUUCUUCAACAAGGACAACUAGGCUACUGAUUGAACCACAUCGGUUGUUCGCUAGCAAACAUAAAACUGGUAAUAUUUAGACAAUUUGUGUGUAUAUUAACCUCGGUGUUUUAAACACACUGUCUGCGAAUUUACUAGUUACUUUAAUAUUUACGUUGUCAGCUAGCUAGCUGUUUUAGUUAGUCUUGCACUAGGAUAGUCUAACGUUCCCGACCAUGAGUUCACUAUCCUACUCCCCACCUGCUAAAGAAGAGGAGGUCUGCUGGACGGAGAAAGAAGCUCCCGUGAAAGAGGAUAAGGAAGAGGAGGCUGUCACGGUUAAAAAGGAAGUAGGGGGUGAGGCUGUUACAGUGAAAGAGGAAGACGUUUCAGUGAAAGAGGAGGUGGAUGUUACUGUUGAAGAAGAGGAAGACGCGUUCAGAGUGAAAGAGGAAGGCGUUACAGUGAAAGAAGAGGAGGAUGCAGUUGAAAAAGUGAAAGAGGAGGAGGAUGAGAUUACUGGCACAGUUAUAGAGGAGGAAGAAGAGAAGAAUGGAGAUCUGAUGAACACCAGAGAGAGACAAGACUCUCACUCUGACAGCGAAAAGUGUCUUUCAGAAGAACCAGAGACGUCCAAACCAGCAAGACGACGCCACUCUUCCCAGUGUGGAAAGAGUUUGACCAAGUUAGGGAGCCUUAAAAACCACGAGAUUACACACACAGGAGAAAAGCCCUACCAAUGUUCCCAGUGUGGAAAGAGUUUUACAAGGUUUUGGAACCUAAAAGAACAUGUGAGGACACACACGGGGGAAAAGCCUCAUCACUGCUCCCAGUGUGGAAAGAGUUUUAUCCGGUUAAGCCACCUGAAAGAACACAAGAGAACGCACACAGGGGAGAAGUCUUAUUACUGCUCCCAAUGUGGAAAAGGUUUUAUCCAGUUAAGGAAAUUGAAAAUGCAUGAAAUGACGCAUACAGGGGAGAAGCCCUACCACUGCUCCCAGUGUGAAAAUAGAUAUGUUUCAUCAGGAGCCCUGAAGUCACAUAAGAGAACACACACAGGGGAGAAGCCAUACCUCUGUUGCCAGUGUGGCAAGAGUUUUAGCUGGCCAGGGCAACUGAAAGAGCACGAGAGGACACACACAGGAGUGAAGCCUUACUAUUGCUCCCUAUGUGGAAAGAGUUUUACCCAUUUAGGGAACUUAAAAAGGCAUAAAAGAUCACACGCUGUAGAGAAGCCGUAUCAAUGCUCCCAGUGUGAAAACGUGUUUUUAUCACCAUGGGACCUGAAAAAACAUGAGAGAACACACUCUGUAGAGAGGCCUUUCAAAUGCUCUCAGUGUGGAAAGAGAUUUAUUCAGCGUUGUCACUUGAAAGCGCAUGAAAAAAUACACACAGGCGAAAAACCAUUGUGCUCUCAUUGUGGAAAGAGUUUUACCCAGUUAGGGAGCCUAAAAGAGCACGAGAGGACGCACACGGGAGAGAAGCCGUACCACUGUUCCCGGUGCGGAAAGAGUUUUACCCGGUUAUGGUGCCUGAAAGCACAUGAGAGAAUGAAGAAGCUGUGUUCUGACUUAAGUUUUUGACUGAGAAUUUUGUGUUUUUGUUCAUGUCACGUAAAAUCAACUUGGUUCGAUGAUAGACUCCUUAGUUGCUGCCUACUUUUUUUUUAAAACUUCUAAAUUAAUGAUACUCAUUGAUUCUUGAUGAACAUAACUUAUAAAAUGCCUCAUGAGCUUAGUUCGACUGUCCAACUCAGAUUCCAAAAUACAGGCUUGAUUUGCACCAAUGUUUUGUAAACAAUGUAAAUGUAAACACACAUUGUGUGAGCCUCAAAACAUAUUAUAGUUUAAACUAUCAUUUCCGGGUCAAACUAAAGAUUCUAGCUUUAAAGGUCCAAUGCAGCCUGUUUUUAAAAACAUCUCGAUAUCAAAUCAUUUCUGGGUAAUAAUUAGGUACCUUACUGUAAUAUUUAGGUACCUUCCUGUAAUAUUUAGGUACCUUACUGUAAUAUUUAGGUACCUUACUGUAAUAUUUAGGUACCUUACUGUAAUGUUUUUCAAUUUCAAAUGGUCAAAACCAAAAUAACUUCUUAGCAAAUAGCAAUUUCUCAAUUGCAAGAAUUUUGAUGGUACUGAGUGGGGAGGGAACAACUGAACUAGCUCUUAUGGACAGAGAGGUUUUUCAUAUUGAUUUGAUAACUAAUUACCUGCCUGAUGAGGAUAUCAAGAACGCCAACGUGUCAUCCUUCCAAAACUGGCUGAAAUUUCAGGCGGUCUUUUGAAAUAGCUCUUACACUGCAAGGACAUGAUCAUCAUUUCCACAGUAUUAUUCCAACCUCAGUGUGGCCAUAUUUAUAAAAACACACGUUUCUGACUCUGCACUGGGCCUUUUAAAAACGCCUAUUCAACAAUACAUGUGUUAAGUCUUUUUUAUCUAAAGACAUUAAUUGAAAAAAUGAAGUAUGUCAGUUUUAAUAGCUUCUAAUAGCUAAGCGCGACAGUUAAUAGCUAAGCGCGACAGUUUCAAUUUGUACGCUCUCUGUGAUUCAAUGGUUGUUUACAAACUCUGGCUCUGGGUUGUCUAUGUGUGUGUCUGUGUGACUGAGUGGACCUCCUUCUUCAAGCACUACAAAUCAUCUAUUGUUUACAUUUAAGUUUCGUAUGUAUCUUAGUGUGGCUUUAAGGGAAUAUUUGGUCACAUCUACAUGUAAAU